AUGGUAACCACCGUCGAUCAUCACAGCGCCGCGGCUGUUGCUGCCCCAGCCUCAAAUAUCAAAAUCAAAGUCGAGUUCACCGGUGGUCUCGAGAUACUAUUUGACAACGUGCCCAAACACACCGUCAAUCUUCCGGACAAGAGUUCCAAUGGUAAGCCCGCCACGGCUGGCGACCUCAUCAGCUGGCUCGUCGAGAACCUGAUCAAGGAUCCGAGGAAGGAGUUGUUCGUCCUGGAUGGCGGGAUACGUCCGGGAAUCCUGGUCCUCAUUAACGAUGCAGACUGGGAACUGGAGAAUGAGGAUAAAUACGAGCUUAAGGAUGGGGAUAACAUCUUAUUCGUAUCGACAUUGCACGGUGGCUGA